ACGGCAUUUUAUACCCUGGGAAUCGAAAUUUAUUUUUAGCGCUGCGCCGAAAUCUCCACUUUUCAUUUGCUUAUAUCUCGAAAACGGAAAAUCAGCAAAUGAAAUUUUGAAUGGUGCAAUUAUCCGCAAAUAAGGUGCAAUUAUUGUAGAUAUUACAGAAGUAAAAAUAAUGACUUUGAAAAAACCAUUUCGCUAACUUUAUAAUGCUCUGGGACAGGGCCAUUCCAUCCGCAUUGACAUUAUUGACAAUUCAUUGUUGAUUGUUUGUGAUUGUUCUAAAUAGUAAACAUAAAUAAAACAUUCCACGCUUUUUAUAUUAUAAGUGUAACAAAAUGGAAGUAAAACAAGAAAUUACGGAGGAAACGUGCAAAAUAGAAAUAGAGUAUAAUCACUUAGAUGAUGCUCUUUUGGAUAGCUUUAAAUGUGAAGUUCAGGAUGAAUCCAACCACCAGGACACAUGUGAUUCUGUAGACUUGAAGAAAUGUCCCAUGAAUAAUGAAAUAGAACAACAUGGAAAUAAACUCAACCCAUUUGAAGAAGACCAAAUAACUGAAAAAGGUUAUCCCCAAGAUGAAAACAAAACGGAAAUUACGGAAAAACUCGUUGAAUAUUCAUCUUACAAAGGAAAUGACAUGAAUCGACACACGGAAGGAAAACUAUCGAAUAGAAAUAUGAAAGUUGCGACUGAAAAAAGACUUUAUAAAUGUGAAAUUUGUUCUAAGAAGUUUUCUCACAAAUGUUUUUUGAAAAUACAUAUGAGAGCACAUACUGGGGAAAAACCAUACAAGUGUGAAAUUUGUUUUAAGAAGUUUAGUACAGCAGGUUAUUUGAAAACACAUCUGAGACUGCACACUGGAGAAAAACCGUAUAAGUGUAAAAUUUGUUUCAAGCAGUUUAUGACUGCAGGUAAUUUGAAAACACAUUUGAGAGUUCACACUGGAGAAAAACCUCACCAGUGUGAAAUUUGUUUUAAGCAAUUUAGUACAGCAGGUUCUUUGAAAGAACAUUUGAGAGUGCACACUGGAGAAAAACCUCACAAGUGUGAAAUUUGUUUAAAACGAUUUAUUAGAACAGGUCAUUUGAAAGCACAUUUGAUAGUGCAUACUGGAGAAAAACCUCACAAGUGUGAAAUUUGUUUUAAGCAAUUAAGUACAGCUCGUUAUUUGAAAGAACAUUUGAGAGUCCACACUGGAGAAAAACCUCACAAGUGUGAAAUUUGUUUAAAGCGAUUUAUUAGAACAAGUCAUUUGAAAGCACAUUUGAGAGUACAUACUGGAGAAGAACUCCACAAGUGUGAAAUUUGUUUUAAGCAAUUUAGUGAAGCAGGUAAAUUAAAAAGACAUUUGACAGUCCACACUGGAGAUAAACCUCACAAGUGUGAACUUUGUUUUAAGCAGUUUAAUCAAGCAUGUGAUUUGAAAGUACAUUUAAGAACACACACUGGAGAAAAACCAUACAAGUGUGAAAUUUGUUUUAAGCCGUUUAGUGAAGCAACUAAUUUGAAAAAACAUUUGAGAGUGCACACUGGAGAAAAACCUCACAAGUGUGAAAUUUGUUUUAAGCAUUUUUCUCAAAAAAUUCACUUGAAAUUGCAUUUGAGAUUGCACACGUGAAAAAAUUUCUUUUAAAUAAUUUGGUACACUACAUGAUUUGAAACAACAUACUUACUCAGUGGCGUUACAAAUCCUCGUGGGUUUUAGCCGAGUCGACAGCAUGCCUCCACUCUUCUCCGUCUUGGGUAAUAUCUUUCCAAUUCUCCACGCCCAUAGUUUUCAGGUUUCCUGCUUUAUUAUCUCGCCACCGCAGUCGUGGGCGUCCGCGUGAUCUUCCAAUUGGGACAUCCUCCCAUACCAACCUUACUGCUCUUUGGUCGAAUGUCUUCUGAAGUGUCCUGCCCAUUGAAGUCUUCUGAACUUUGUUUUUUAUGAUGUUGGCAUCUGGGUAUACUUCUUCGACCUCUUUGUUAGUUCUUAUACUAUAUUGUCCUGCUGCUUCAUCAAGCAAAGGCCCAAAGAUCUUUGUUAUGAUUUUUCUUUCCAAACACGUAGUCUCUCUUCGUUUGCCUUUGUUAUCGUCCACGUUUCGCUUCCAUACAUCACAACGGGUCGUAUGAUUGUUUUAUAUACUUGUAUUUUUGUACGUCUUUAUUUGUUGUUUCGAUUUUAAAAGUGGUUUGAAGGGCCUAAAGACAUCUGUUGUCAGCUUGUAUCCUAUUGUUUAUUUCUUGUGAUCCGUUAUUAUCUUCAGUUAUCGUUGUCGCAAGAUACUUAAAUUCUCUAUCGGGCUCAAAGUUAAAAUCAUCGAUGGUGAUGUUCUGACCGAUUCUGUCGCUGCUUUGGUUAUUGCGGCUCAUAUACAGUCGGAAAUAUGAAAGAAUACCCAUGAAUGAUCACAUUAAUCACUUAUUUUGUAUUUGCUGUCUUUUUCUAUAACAAACGUUUGUUAUUUUUAGAAAAAUACAGCAAAUACAAAACAAGUGAUUCAUGUGAUCGUUCAUGGGUAUUCUUUCAUGUUUCCGACUGUACAUAUAUUUAGUUUUACUUUUAUUAAAUAGGAGCCCCAUCUUCUCUGCUUCCUUCUCGAACCUGGCUAAAGUCUCCUUAAUCCUUAAUCUUGCGUUUCUUAUUAAAUCGAUAUCAUCUGUAAAUGCCAACAGUAAGUUAGGUCCUUCUCUAUGAAAUACUGUAGUCGUUUUUUCGAUUCUUGCACUUCUAAUUAUGUGUUCCAGAGCUAAGUUGAAGAGUUGUGGUGAAAGUGCAUCCCCCUGUUUUAGUUCAUUGUUUAUUUCGAAUGUAUCCGAGUAUUGUUCUUUAACUCUGAUCUCACAUCGUAACCUUCCAUACAGAUCCAUAUCAAACUGAUUAGUUUUUUUGGAAAGCCCAGUUUCUGCAUCGCUGUCCACGUUCUAGCCUUGCAUACUCUAUCAAAUGAUUGUUUAAAAUCUCUGAACAUCUGAUGAAGCUCACGAUCAAACGCCCAGCAUUUUUCCAUUAUCUGUUUUAUUGAGAAUAUAUUGUCAAUAGUAGAGCGGCCCGGUUUUAAUCCGCAUUGAUAAUCCCAACGAUUUCUUGUGUAUGUUUUGGUUAGUUCUAGCAGGAUGUUUACAAGGACUUUGUAGGUGGUAUAUAGGAGUGUUAUUCCCCAAUAGUUAAUACAUUGCUUAUGUUUCCUUUUUUGUGGAUUGGUACAAUAACCCCUUUUAUCCAUUCACCUGGCAUUGUUUCUUCUCGCCAAAUGACUUGAAUUAACUUGUAUAUUAUAGAACUGUACAACGCUUCUCCUUCGUGUUUUAAGCACUCUGCGGGUAUACCAUCGCUAUCUGGUGCCUUAUUAUUUAAGUUUUUUAAUUGCCUGGGUUACUUCUUCGUAUCUCGGAUAUUGGUCUUCUAUUUCAGCUGUAUGUAUUUCUUCUAUAUUUGAUGUAUUUCUGCUAGAUUGGUCGUUUAACAGUUGACAGAAGUAUUAC